UGAAUUUCCAAUUUGUAAAUAUUGAUGGCAUUUUGGUAAUUCCAGAAUCCGCUCUUCCAGUUUCGGUUCAUAUCGAAAAAACCGGUACCAUCAAAAAUCCCCCAACGACGAAGCCCAACUUUACAACCCUAGAGAGAGAAAGCUCGAGGAGGAGGUGAAAAUGGCGUCUGGAUGGGGAAUCACGGGCAACAAGGGACGAUGCUACGAUUUCUGGGUCGAUUUCAGCGAAUGUAUGUCCCGCUGCCGCGAGCCUAAGGACUGCGGCCUCCUCCGCGAAGAUUAUUUCGAGUGCCUCCACCACUCUAAAGAGUUCCAACGGAGGAACCGAGUCUACAAGGAGGAGCAGCGUCAGCUGAGAGCAGCUGCAGAUAAGGCCAAGGGAGGAGGCGGAGGUAAAGAUGGUGGCCAUCAUUGAGAAUUGUUUUUCAGCGGAGCCAAAGGAGGGCUGGGAAGUAAUUGAUUUUCUUCGACACUUUGUUGGAAAUAAAACAUAAAUGAGUUGUAUUUAUGAGUUAUCAGAUGUUCAAUACAAAGGAAACACCCAACAUCUUUAAAAUGGGAGUUUCGAUGCAGGAACUGCAGCUGUGUGCUUCGUCGUGGAUGUAUUUCUUGCCAUUUGCCUCGGUCUGUGGGAUGAUAUUUGCUUUGCUCACUUUGUCAAGCUGACUUGCUUUUACACCUUGUGUUUAGUAGAUUGGUUUAUGUGUUUA